AUGGUGACGAUUGCCUUUACCAGCAUGUUCGCGAAGAGGCACGCCUACCGCCUUGCGAGCACUACGACCGCGGAUAUUGCGAAUUGGGACCACUAUGUGCAAAGCGACACGUCCGCCGACGUCUAUGUACCUUCUAUCUGGCCGGAUUCUGCCCUGAUGGAAAAGCGUGUGCCGAUGCUCACCCUCGCUGGCCAGAAAACCUACCACGUCCUACAAUGCGCACUGAAAAGACGGAAGAAGAGCUUGAGCGUGAAAGAGUCCUCAUCCGCGAAGAACAAGAACGGGAAAAGGAACGGGAACGAGAAUGGCGAAACGAACGUGGUCGGGGUGGUGGCUUUGGGCGUGGUCGCUUCCGCGGGCGUGGAAGGGGUUAGGUGGAUUCUUAUCGCAAGGGUCUUUUUUGGCGAUAUUGCAUGGCAUGGAGUGAGGUGUGGCUUCGGUAAGGGGUUCACGGGCUUCUCGGUUUCUUUUCAUUUAUGGUUCUUGCGCUAG